CCCUCAUCCGAUUGACCUUUCCGAUUAGAUUUUGCGAACACCCGUUCAACUUGAUACGACAAAUAACAACCGAGAUGCAGCAGAAAAUUAGAUUUCAACGAAGAUUGUAGCCGAGAUACAGCAGAAAAUUAGACUCUAACCGAGAUGUCUACAAAAUUUAUUAGAAAUCAACCGAAACGUCAAAACCGAAAUUUCGUCCGAAAUUCAAAUCGGCAUUCACGUGCAAGUUCCGGACGACGUCGUCGCUCCUCCCGAGCCGAGUGUCUAACUGGAUCCAAACCGGAGAAAAACCACCCUUAAUCAUGUUCCCAGGUUCGGAGUGGGCUAGGAGCGAGAUGAGACAGGAGAGAGAAAAUAACCGAGUGAGUGGAUAAAAUGGAGGUCGAGAGAGAGCGAUUAAAACGACGCUAAUUGCCUCGCGCUUUCAUCUCUGUGUUUCUCUCUCUUCACUCUCCGUCUUCCGGUGGCGCUGAACCAAUUUCAAUGGCGUCUGCAUGUUCGCUGAAAGCUUCUCAAUCAGGCACAUGGUCUCCUCUGGGAUUCGGGUUCCACAAGUUUUUACCUCUAUCGUAACUCAUUUCAAUUUCUAGCACCUGAUCUUUCAAAGGGUUCUAUGACCUUUUGCUUUUUUCUCAAUUCACUUCAAUACUAGGAACACCUACAUAUCACCCUAAGAUCCUGCUCAAAAGCCUCGUUUUCAUGAGAUAUCCAGUCACUUUCUCUCUCAUAAUCCUUGACCGUACAUUAUGUUCAAGGGUUUUCUUUCAUGAUCUGGCACUAGAAUUUUGAACUUUGAGGCAAAAGCCAUGAAGAGUCGAUCCCAUAGGCUGGUUAGUGCAGAGCAGGAGGACUGGGGUGAUGGGUCAUGGACUGUUGAUUGUGUAUGUGGCGUAAACUUUGAUGAUGGAGAUGAGAUGGUGGACUGUGAUGAGUGUGGUGUAUGGGUCCACACUCGAUGCUCCCGCUUUGUAAAGGGUGAGACUUCAUUCACCUGUGACAAAUGCAAGGGCCAGAAAAAUCGGAAGGAAACAGAGGAGACUGAGGUUGCUCAGCUUCUCGUUGAGCUCCCAACAAAGACAAUGGGGAUCGAGCCAAAUUAUAAUCGUUCCCCUCCCUCUCGCCUAUGGGUUGAGACCCCACUUGAGCAAAAGGUCCAUGUACAAGGGGUACCUGGAGGUGACCCUGAGCUAUUACGAGGCCUCUCUUCGGUGUUUACUUCGGAGCUUUGGAAGUGUACCGGCUAUGUACCCAAAAAGUUUAAUUUUCAGUAUAAGGAGUUUACUUGUUGGGAAGAUGGGCGUGAGCCUGAUACUUUACCAGCAUUUGGGUCUCAGUUAGGGUUACAAUUGGGGUCCCAAUUGGUUGUGAAAAAAACUGAAACCCUAAACGUGGAGGAGGAUAAUGAGAAUCCAGUCGAUAGAGGGGCAGAUGUGUUGUUUUCACUCUCAAAAGAGGGGUUGGCAUCUGAGAAUUCAGGUAGAGAGAAGGCUUCUUCUCCAAAGGAAGUGGAGGGGGUGGAUGUAAGUAGAGAUUUAAAAAUUUUUGUGAAGGGUGAUAGGAGCAAACGUGGGCAUUCAUUGGGAAAGCGGCGAAGGGAUGAGUUUGGAGGCUUUAAGGAUGGCGGAGGCAAGAAGAAGGGGAAAGGGUUGGAUGGAGAACGGGAGAACAAGAGCGCUUGCUUGCUGGAAAGAGGCACUCCAUUAAGAGCCUCAGGUUCUACCCCUAUUCAUAGCUCACAGAAACAGGAGUUAUGUACUGGAGAUUUCGAGGUUGCAAAAUUGGAGCUCCAAGACUCAAGGAGUGAAAUAAAGCAAGAAAUGGAUGUAUUGGAGCCUGAUAAAGAUGGUGUUCACGGCAAUCGUGUGCCGCAAGAGACUGUCAAUAAGCCUAAACACAUUUUAGUUAUUAAGUCAGUUCCUGCAGGCUUCCCUAAUGAAAUGGAUGACCAGAGCCAUGCAUCAGAACCGCCUUUAAAUUUGGAGGCUGCCCCUACGAAUAAUGCUCCCAUCGCAGUGCAAUUAUACAAACAUGAUUCUACAGUAGGUUCAAUGAAAGAAGAGGAUAUGAAGCCAGCUGUUGAUAGUUUAGACCCACUUGUAUACAAAAUUCAUCAUAACAGGUGCUCAAAUAAAGAUUUUUCUAAUAGUGAUUCUUCCAAUGUUCAAAUCGAUUCUCAGACAUCGACACCUUCUUUUGAAGGUCAAGUAAUGACUGUCCCUCAUGGGCCAAUGAUACUUGUGCCUCAAGACUCUAAUGGAGUUGUUGCUGUUGGUUCUCUUAGUAAAGCUGAGAAUGACCAAUCUACAAAGAUGCCACCAUCACCUUCUUCCAAUUGUGAGAUAAAGCUGGAAGAACACUCCAAAACAAUGUUUCAGAAGCCUAGCGAGACUGCAGGGUCUGUGAUUCAGAACCUACCCACCAUCGUUUAUGGUGCUGAAAACUUGACUGCUAAGUUCUCGCCUGACCAUUUAAACCCUCCUAAGGGACCUCUUGGGUUGGCAAUGGAAAACCUUAGCAUGACCUCUGCAAGCAGGUUACCUGAAGAUAGGAAGCUUGAAGAUGUUUCAAUAGAGGUUCAAGCAGUGGGUCAAGGCCAAAAAUCUCCAGAUAGGGCACUGUCUACACCUAUUGAAGCCCACCCACCCCGACAAGAAUCUGAAGAACCAUUGGGGUUGAUACGCUCACAGUCGCCAACACUGCAAGAGAACUCUUCACAACAUAGAGACAGUGCAAAAUCAGUAUUGGGGUUGAUUCACUCGCAAUCCUCUACACCGCAUGAUAGCUUAAUACAACAUAGAUAUCGUGCACAACAUGAUGCAGGUUCAUCCAAGUUGGUGCGGUUGAAGUCAAGUCCUCCUGCCCCUAGUUCUCACAAUAAGCCAGUUGGGGGUGUCGCAAAGAACUUAGUUUCUGGUCCCACUUCCAAAUCUUCUUUGGGUGCAUCCAAAGUAAGGGUUUCCAAUAAAUCUUCUCCAUCAGGUACUUUUAGAUCAUCAGACGGGCCUGCACCGUUAUCAAAACCACCUCAUUUGUCCAAGCUACGAGCGAGAUUGAUCUCGUCAGAUGUGCCCAAGGAUGAUGACAACAGGCAAUCUCCAAUAGCAGCUACAAAACAGGUAGCCAAAAAUGCUGAGUAUAUGACAUCACAUACAAAACCUGGGGCUUAUGCCUCAGCUUCUGGGUGCAAUCUGGAUGGAAAGGAGCAGGUCAGCUCUUCAUCUUAUAAAGCAUCUACACAGAAUGCUUCUACAUCUUCAGGCUCUGGGGAGCUUGCUGUUGCAUCCCCAUCUCAGAAUUCUACAUCACAAUGUGACAAGCAGGUGAGUUCGGCUUCAUAUCAGAAAGGCGAAAAGCCAAAUCAACCGGGUUCUCAGACAAUAACGAAGGCAUCAAACCCCUUGCCACCGAUGCAUCCUCCCCCUCCUGCCGGUGUCAUUGCAGCAUUAAGUGAUGAAGAGCUUGCUUUACUGUUGCAUCAAGAACUGAAUAGCUCGCCUAGAGUUCCUCGGGUGCCACGUAUGCGCCAUGGAGGUGGUAUUCCACAGUUGGCUUCUCAAACUACUACUUCAGGCAUGUCUGUUAAAAGACAUUCUACGUCUGCACCUUCCACUUCUAAUGCAAUGAAGGACCAAACUUCGGUGACGCUUCUGUUUCAGGCAUUUAGGAGAAGAGGCAAAGAAGACACAAGCAAAGAUAGCUCUCGCAACAUUCGUGAGCCAUUAGAGGAAAUAAAAAGGACAGAUAAGUUACCACCUGAUGAAAGAAGACAUGACCCAGGCAUUAAAACAGAGGAUACAAAGAGGAGGGAAUCACCCACUGCUUCAUCCACUUGCCACUCAUCCUCUAUCGAUGCAAAUGACCAAAGUCAUCCUUCUAUUUGUAGCGUGCCUGGGGACUUCUCUGAUGAUAAUGUCAGUGCACUUGUGGGGAACAAAGCUCACGCCCUACCAGGCAUAAGCGAUGGAAUCCUGAAUAAGACUACACGCAUUUCAUAUGAAGACAUCUGCAAUGCGGCCCUCACGACAAAUUUGACCAGGAAGAAGCGUAAAGUUUACUCCUCUACAAUUGGAUCUGAUAAUGAAGAAUGCGAGGGGCACAGGGUUUUAAAUCUUCGUGAUGACAAGCAUGAACACAAGCUACCUGGGACUCACACACGAAAUGUCCCCAGAGGUAAGCGCCGGCAGAGUGGGCGACUGAUUCGCCGAGGCAAAGGCCUUUUGAAGACUGGACACUCAAACAAGACAAGCACAACAGAUGAGGAAUAUGAACCAUUUUGUCCUUCAAGCGAGGCAACUGAAAGCAUGUCCAAUGAGGAGAAUGUUGGGGGUAUUGCAAGCAGUGCUAUGUCUUGUUCAGAUGAGAUUGAGUCUUGAUAUGGUUCUCAUGGUGAUAUCCGAAUGUCUCCUUUUAGUGUGAUUUGCUUAGUGCAAUGGAGUUUCAAAGACCCAUCUAACUAUGGAUCCUGGACAUGAAUUGAGAUAUCAGUGCAUGAAGCUUUGAGCAUAUAAACCGUUGCAAGGUCCUUCGAAGGUUAUGAUCACAAGGUUCAACUUGUGGUGCUCUUAGGAACUCUCUAAGGCAACAUGAUGACAUGAGUGUAUUUGUUGGAGCGUAUCUGUAACCUCCUACCACUUCAUUGGUUGUGUUUGUUGCUCAAAAGCAAGAGUUAUGGCUUGGAUGGGCAACGUGAGUUGAAUGGGAGUUGUCGGAGUUGAUUUGAGGGAUCAUGCUGUAAAAUAGUUGUAUAGUAGUUCAAAAUAAAAAAGUAAAGUUGCUUUAGUGU